AUGACUUCCUACGCUGCGAAGCUAGUGGCCAAGAAAUUCUUUAAAGAGAAUGUGUCCAACUCCCAGGGCCAGGAGGAUCCAUACUUCGAGACAGUUCCGGCCACCAGGCUCGGCGGACUGUACAAGACCACCAAGAAGCGAAAGCGAGCUCUUCCACCUGGUUUGACUUCACAAGAGGAGAAAAUCCUCACCAAAGCCAAGAGGAGAGCGUACCGCGUCGACCUUUCACUCGGCAGUUUUUGCGGAACUAGAUUUGGCUGGGGAGCAGUGAUCGGCUUGAUUCCAGCAAUCGGUGAUUUCCUUGACCUUUUGUUGGCAUUCAUGGUCUACCGUACUUGCUGCUCGGUUGAACCAGAGUUACCAUCCUCGGUCAAAGCGCGCAUGAGGUUUAAUCUGGCGCUCGACUUUGCAAUUGGUCUAGUCCCAUUUGUUGGAGAUAUUGCGGAUGCGGUGUACAAGUGCAACACAAGGAACGUGAUUUUGCUGGAGAAAGUUCUGCGCGAGCGCGGUGCAAAGAGAAUCAAAGGAACUCCGCAGGCCAACACUGCGGAUCCGAGCUUGCCCGACGAAUUUGACUAUCAGGGCGAAGAGAGACUGUUGAACGAGCAGAAUGGCCCUCCUCCGAGAUAUACCUCGCGACGCGAGUCUCGCCGAUCUCGCAGAGACCGUCGUGACGUUGAGCGAGGAGAUGAUGUUACACCCCCGCUACCAGCCCGCACCCGCUGA